CGAGGGUGCCGGCACGCGCUCCCUUCUGUCCUCUGCCGCCGCUUCUGCUGCUUUUUUCGGAACCAGAUCCUCCACUUUAGACCCUUCUUCCCCUCGAAAACCUCGGUGACCGCACCGCAACCAUCUGGAUCCCGUCACCUCCCAUUCUUCUUAGAAGAGCGGGGCAUUUGGAGGAGGAAGAACCGAGAGAGUAGGGGAUGGGGUGCGCGCAGUCGCGGGUGGACAACGAGGAGGCGGUCUUCCGAUGCCGGGAGCGGAAGCAGUGGAUGAAGGAGGCGGUGACCGCACGCAACGCCUUCGCUGCAGCCCACUCCGCCUAUGCAGUCGCCCUUAAGAACACUGGCGCCGCCCUCAGCGAGUUCGGCCAGGGCGAAGUCGCCCCCGCCCCCGCCUCCGUCUCCUCCUCCGCCACCGCCGUCCAACCCCCGACCGCCGUCUCCACCGCCUCCGCCGUUCAGCCCCCUAUGGACACCCUCCUUCCUCCUCCCCCUCCGCUGCCAGACUUCUCCCCGUCUCCUCUCCAGCGCUCCAUCAGCAUGCCCGACCUACCCCCCUCCCAGAGGUUCCCCUCUAAGUCGCACCCGGACGCUUCCAUCCGCGAGGAGGAGGAGGAGGAGUCAGCGGCGACGGGGGAGGACGGCGAUGGCGGAGACCUGGACGGCCACCGCCGCCACCGGCGCCCCACCGCCGCGAGCCCCUCCCCUUCCCCCGCACCGCCGCCGCCGCCAGUGCCGGCUGAGUCGACCUGGGACUACUUCUUCGCCAUGGACGAGAACGUGCGCGGCCCGUCCCUGGGCCACCCCGAGGAGAUCCAGCCGGAAAGAGGGGAGGCGCCGGAGGAAAGCUUCAAAAGAUCUGCCCCACCACCCCCACCCCCCGCCGUGGAUCACGAUGUGGUCGGUGCGGAUGAUGAUCCUCCGGUGAUGCCCGACAAGGUGGUCUUGGAACCGCCAUUGCCGCUGAAGACGGGGAAAAAGCAAAAGCAGGAUGACACGGUGCACCACCACCAUGCUGUCUCGGCGCCGCCCAUAGAUGCCAAGAGGGGAAAAAUGGUGGCGGCUGCAGCCCCCAGCAUCGAUCUACUGCAGGUCCUGACCGACAUUGAUGACCAUUUUCUCAAGGCGUCGGAGAGUGCUCACGAAGUGUCGAAGAUGCUUGAGGCCACCCGCUUGCAUUAUCACUCUAAUUUCGCUGAUAAUAGAGGACACAUUGACCAUUCUGCAAGAGUCAUGCAAGUCAUCACAUGGAACAGGUCAUUCAAAGGCAUACCUCGUGCUGAUGAUGGAAGGGAUGAUUUUGAUAAUGAUGAAUGGGAAACCAUUGCCACAAUGUUGGAUAAGAUGUUGGCAUGGGAGAAAAAACUAUAUGAUGAAGUGAAGGCAGGUGAGCUUAUGAAAAUUGAGUAUCAGAGGAAGGUUGCUUUGCUGAAUAGGCAAAAAAAACGUGGUGCUAGUGCUGAAGCACUAGAAAGAACUAAAGCAGCUGUAAGUCAUUUGCAUACGAGAUAUAUAGUUGAUAUGCAGUCAAUGGAUUCAACAGUCUCGGAAGUUGAAUGUCUGAGAGAUAAUCAGCUGUACCCAAAAUUACUGGACCUUGUCGAUGGGAUGGCCAAAAUGUGGGAAGCCAUGUAUGUGCAUCAUGACAAUCAGCUGAAGAUUGUGUUAAACCUAAAAAUCCUUGACAUCUCAAAUGCUCCAAUGGAAACAAGCGAACAUCAUAAUAGACACACGAUUCAGCUGUUUGACAUUGUGAAAGAGUGGCAUUUACAGUUUGAUAAACUUGUGAGCCAUCAGAAAGAUUACAUCCAAGCUCUUAGUAGUUGGCUGAAAUUAAACAUUAUCCCCAUUGAAAGCAGCUUGAAGGAGAAAGUGUCAUCUCCACCAAGGCCACGUCAACCCCCUAUUCAGGCCCUCUUGCAUGCAUGGCAUGACCAUCUUGACAAACUUCCAGAUGAGCUGGCCAAGAGUGCUAUUCUUAGCUUUUCAGCAGUCAUUAACACGAUAGUGACACUUCAACAGGAGGAGUUGAAACAGAGAGAAAAAUGCGAUGAGACCCGUAAGGAGUAUCUGAAGAAGAUACGGGCAUUUGAGGAUUGGUACAGCAAGUAUUCACAUAGAAGAGCAGCACUAUCCGAGGAGGCUGGGCAAGAGGGUAGUGAGGGAGCUAAUCAGAAUGAUCCUGUUGCAGAAAGGAAGGUUGCAGUAGAGUCUGCGAAGAGCCGGCUUGACGAAGAGGAGGAAAACCACGAGAAGUUGUGCAAACAGGUGAGGGAGAAAUCAUUUGGAACUCUCAAGACACAUUUGCCUGAACUCAUCCGUGCUAUGUCUGACUUUUCUCAUGCUUGCUCUGAGAUGUAUAAGAAGUUGAAGUCCAUCUCUCAGUCGCAGAAUGUAGUUGCAAACUAGCUGAAAAAACUUGCAUGUAUAGAGGUCUAAUGUGCACUUUGAUCCUUCCUUUUAGUUUGAAUUUAUCUGUUUCUGUUGUUUUAGUUUUUACGUGCACUUAGGCAAGAAGUGCUAGCUUUUAAAAUAUCUUUUCUAAUGUAAGAUAUUUAUUUUCCGUAUCUAUCGAGUUCCUUGGGAAUAUGACACCAAA